CUGGCAUACUGCAUGUUUUUAAAUGUGCAUCUAAUCCGAUGAAGCCAAGGUUGGGAUUUCUCUGGGAUCCCAGGACCGGCUUAGCUGCGUUUUUCUUUUAGGAGAGGAAGGCGAUGGGAAAUUCACUGGGCUGUGUUAAGGAGCCAAAAGAUUCAAUAGCUAUUCCUGGGAAGGCUCCCAUAUCUCCUAAGAAAAGGGUUCGGUUCAAAAGGAAGUGGAGGGGGAAGAAAACCCCUACUCCUGAGCUAUCUCAUGAGGAAGAACCCUUGGAAGGAACUGGAGUCAUUGAAGAGACCAAAACCCUAAGGAAGUUAACAGUGAGUCUUGGAAAAGAGGAAGGAGUGGGAGGGGUAGAGCAUCUGCCCCCAGACAUUUUACUGCCUGGCGAGGCAGCCCCCAGCUCAGGGGUGGGAGAUCAGGGGAUGAUCGUGCAGGUGAAGGAGAGAUUCCAAGGGGAGAUCCAGACUGCCCACCUUUUGUUGGAGAAUGAGUCAUCAGUUGCCAGAGGGGUCUGGGAUUCCCUGGAGGAGGGGAUGACUGUCAUUGCUCACCUGCUUGAUAACCCAGCCGAAAGGAACUGUGAGAAGUCAGUGAGCCAACUGGUGGAAUUUCCGAGGACAGCAUCCUGCAGCAGCAGGGCUGUGCUGCUGCCUUUGCAGGGAGAGACUGCAGUGGAGAAAGGAGAUACUCAGCUUGGAUUUCAGAGCAGCACUUUCCCCAGGACAGACUACCCCACUGACGCUGGAAAUCAAGACCAACUUUCAGACAGCUGGAGUGUGAGGGGAGGAACCAAGGGUAUUUUAAGUGCCCCUCAGACAGGUUCCUGGAUUGCAGAAGGUUCUGUUCCUUCCUCACUACUGGACCAGUCAAGAGGCCACAGGCACACACAGCCUGCCCAUGUGGGUCGAGUUCCCCCCCAGGGCCCCAGACUGCCUACUUCUCAGAGUGAUUUAUCCAUCAGUGGCAUGACCGUGAGCAUUUUACCCUCCUCCUCUGGCUAUGGCAGCGAUGGGCCACACUUACAUGGGAUCCAGCCUAAAGAUAUAGAACCUGAAAAGAGCUCCACAUCCUUCUCCGAAGAGGAUGGCACCUUUUCUUUGGAGGCAAGCCACACCCCAUCUUGGGGUCUGGAGGAGAUCUCUGACAUCUACAUUAGUGGAGAAUCAGGGGACAUGUCAGCCAAGGAGAAGCUGCUCCUGUGGACCCAGAAGGUGACAGCUGGUUACACAGGAAUCAAAUGCACCAACUUUUCCUCCUGCUGGAGUGAUGGGAAGAUGUUCAAUGCACUUAUUCACCGAUACAGACCUGAUCUGGUAGAUAUGGAGAGAGUACAAAUCCAAAGUAACCGAGAGAAUCUGGAACAGGCUUUCGAAGUGGCAGAAAGACUGGGGGUCACCCGGUUACUGGAUGCAGAAGAUGUGGAUGUGCCAUCUCCAGAUGAAAAGUCUGUAAUCACUUAUGUGUCUUCGAUUUAUGAUGCCUUCCCUAAAGUCCCUGAGGGUGGAGAAGGGAUCAGUGCUACGGAAGUAGACUCCAGGUGGCAAGAAUACCAAAGCCGAGUGGACUCCCUCAUUCCCUGGAUCAAACAGCAUAUAAUACUGAUGUCAGAUAAAUCUUUCCCCCAGAACCCUGUUGAACUAAAGGCACUUUAUAACCAAUAUAUACACUUCAAAGAAACAGAAAUUCUGGCCAAGGAAAGAGAAAAAGGAAGAAUUGAGGAAUUAUAUAAAUUGUUAGAGGUGUGGAUUGAAUUUGGCCGAAUUAAACUGCCUCAAGGUUAUCACCCUAAUGAUGUGGAAGAAGAGUGGGGAAAGCUCAUCAUUGAGAUGCUGGAGCGAGAGAAAUCGCUUCGGCCUGCUGUGGAGAGGCUGGAAUUGCUGCUACAGAUUGCAAACAAAAUCCAGAAUGGUGCUUUGAACUGUGAAGAAAAAUUGACACUAGCUAAGAAUACACUGCAGGCCGAUGCUGCUCAUCUGGAAUCAGGACAACCAGUCCAGUGUGAGUCAGAUGUCAUCAUGUACAUUCAGGAAUGUGAAGGUCUUAUCAGGCAGCUGCAGGUGGAUCUCCAGAUCCUACGGGAUGAAAAUUAUUACCAGCUGGAAGAGCUAGCUUUUAGGGUUAUGCGUCUACAGGAUGAGCUGGUCACCUUGCGUCUAGAGUGCACAAACUUGUAUCGGAAGGGCCAUUUCACUUCACUUGAACUGGUUCCACCCUCUACUUUGACCACUACUCAUCUGAAGGCAGAACCCCUGACCAAGGGAAGCCAUUCUUCUUCUGCCUCCUGGUUCCGGAAGCCCAUGACUCGGGCUGAACUUGUGUCUAUCUCCUCCUCUGAAGAUGAAGGCAAUCUCCGAUUUGUGUAUGAACUACUCUCUUGGGUAGAAGAAAUGCAGAUGAAACUGGAGCGAGCAGAGUGGGGCAAUGACCUGCCUAGUGUGGAAUUGCAGCUGGAAACGCAGCAGCAUAUCCACACCAGUGUGGAAGAACUGGGCUCAAGUGUCAAAGAGGCCAGGUUGUACGAGGGAAAAAUGUCCCAAAAUUUCCAUACCAGUUAUGUUGAAACUCUUGGAAAGCUGGAGACACAGUAUUGUAAAUUGAAGGAAACUUCUAGCUUCCGGAUGAGGCACCUUCAGAGCCUGCAUAAAUUCGUCUCCAGAGCUACAGCUGAGCUGAUCUGGUUGAAUGAGAAGGAGGAGGAAGAACUAGCAUAUGAUUGGAGUGACAACAAUCCCAAUAUCUCAGCCAAGAGAAAUUACUUCUCUGAGUUGACAAUGGAGCUGGAGGAGAAACAGGAUGUGUUUCGGUCUCUUCAAGAUACAGCAGAGCUGUUGUCACUGGAAAACCACCCAGCCAAGCAGACUGUGGAGGCUUACAAUGCUGCUGUCCAGUCCCAGUUGCAGUGGAUGAAGCAGCUGUGCUUGUGUGUUGAGCAGCACGUGAAAGAGAAUACUGCAUAUUUUCAGUUCUUCAGUGAUGCACGAGACCUGGAGUCAUUCUUGAGGAACCUCCAAGACUCCAUCAAACGCAAAUAUUCCUGUGACCAUAACACCAGCUUAUCCCGCCUUGAGGACCUGCUCCAGGACUCCAUGGCACAGGAUGAAAAGGAGCAGCUUAUACAGUCCAAGAGUUCUGUUGCCAGUCUUGUCGGGAGAUCAAAAUCCAUUGUUCAGCUAAAGCCACGCAGUCCCGACCAUGUGCUAAAGAGCACCAUUUCUGUGAAGGCCAUCUGUGACUAUCGGCAGAUCGAGAUCACUAUUUGCAAGAAUGAUGAGUGUGUGUUGGAAGAUAAUUCUCAGCGGACCAAGUGGAAAGUGAUCAGCCCCACAGGGAAUGAAGCAAUGGUGCCAUCGGUCUGCUUCCUCAUCCCCCCACCCAACAAGGAUGCCAUUGAGAUGGCCAGCAGGGUGGAGCAGUCUUACCAGAAAGUGAUGGCCCUUUGGCAUCAGCUACAUGUUAACACCAAAAGCCUUAUCUCCUGGAACUAUCUGAGGAAGGACCUUGACCUUGUAAAGACCUGGAACCUGGAAAAGCUUCGAUCCUCAGCACCAGGGGAGUGCCACCAGGUUAUGAAGAACCUCCAGGCCCACUAUGAAGAUUUUCUACAGGAUAGUCGUGACUCUGUUCUCUUCUCAGUGGCUGAUCGUUUGCGCUUGGAAGAGGAGGUGGAAGCUUGUAAAACCCACUUCCAGCACCUGAUGAAGUCCAUGGAGAAUGAGGACAAAGAGGAAACUGUGGCCAAGAUGUACAUUUCAGAGCUGAAGAAUAUCCGGUUGCGCCUGGAGGAGUGUGAACAGAGGCUAGUCAAACGAAUUCAGUCCCCAGCCAGCUCUAGGACUGACAAAGAUGCCCGGCAGGACAAUGCAUUAAGGAUUGCAGAGCAAGAGCACACCCAGGAGGAUUUGCAGCAACUGAAGUCAGAUUUGGAUGCUGUUUCCAUGAAAUGCAACAGCUUUCUCCAUCAGUCCCCAUCUGGUUCCAGUGUCCCAACUCUGCGCUCAGAACUCAAUCUACUGGUGGAAAAAAUGGACCAUGUAUAUGGUCUCUCCACUGUCUAUCUGAAUAAGCUACAGACAAUCGAUCUUAUAGUGCGUAGCAUCCAGGAUGCUGAACUCUUGGUCAAAGGUUGUGAAAUCAAGCUGAGUCAAGAAGCAGCAGUACCAGCAGAUCUCUCAGCUCUGGAGUCCCAUCGGUCCACGUUACGGCACUGGCUUAGUGAUGUGAAGCACAAGAAUUCAGUGUUUUCAGUCCUGGAUGAGGAAAUCUCCAAGGCCAAGGUAGUGGCAGAGCAGCUGAGCCGUCUGACCCCAGAGCGAAACUUGGAUUUGGAGCGCUAUCAAGAAAAAGGCUCCCAGCUGCAGGAGCGUUGGCACCGGGUCAUUUCCCAGCUCGAGACCCGCCAAUCUGAGCUAGAAAGUAUCCAGGAAGUUUUGGGAGAUUACCGAGCCUGCCAUGGAACUCUCAUCAAAUGGAUUGAGGAAACCACUGCCCAGCAGGAAAUGAUGAAGCCAGGCCAGGCGGAGGAUAGCAGAGAGCUGUCGGAGCAGCUCAGCCAGCAGACGGAUCUGUUUGCAGAAAUCGAGAGAAAUCAGACAAAACUGGACCAGUGUCAAAAGUUUUCCCAGCAAUACUCCACUCUUGUAAAGGACUAUGAAUUGCAACUGAUGACAUACAAGGCCUUUGUGGAAUCACAGCAGAAAUCCCCUGGCAAGCGCCGUCGCAUGCUUUCCUCUUCAGAUGCCAUCACACAAGAGUUCAUGGACUUAAGGACUCGCUACACAGCCUUGGUGACCUUAACGACUCAGCAUGUAAAAUAUAUUAGUGAUGCACUCCGGCGGCUGGAGGAGGAGGAGAAAGUGGUAGAAGAGGAAAAACAGGAACAUGUGGAGAAGGUUAAAGAACUUUUGGGCUGGGUGUCUGCACUAGCAAGGAAUACACAAAGCAAAGCUACCUCAUCCCAGACCAAAGAAUCAACAGACAUUGAAAAAGCUAUUUUAGAGCAGCAGGUUCUGGCAGAGGAGCUGACAACCAAGAGGGAACAAGUCUCUGAGGCCAUUAAAACUUCACAGAUCUUCUUGGCCAAGCAUGGUCAUAAGCUCUCAGAAAAAGAGAAGGAACAGAUAGCUGAGCAACUGAAUGCCCUGAAUAAGGCUUACCAUGACCUUUGUGAUGGUUCAGCAAACCAGCUUCAGCAACUUCAGAGCCAGUUGGCCCAGCAGACAGAACAGAAGGGUUGCAGAGCAGUUGCUGGGGUGAUUGACCUAGGCACAGUGGAGAUAUUUCCCAUCUUCAGAGCCAUGCAAAAGGGCCUCAUUGACCAAGACACAGGCCUUGUGCUCCUGGAAUCCCAGGUUAUCAUGUCUGGCCUCAUUGCCCCUGAGACCAGUGAAAAGCUCUCUUUGGAGGAGGGCCUAGCCAGAAACCUUAUUAAUCCCCAGAUGUACCAGCAGCUCCGGGAGCUACAGGAUGCCCUGUCUUUAAUAAGCAAGCUUACUGAGAGCGAAGGCCCUCUUUCUGUGGUGGAAGCAAUUGAAAAGAAAGUCAUCAGUGAGAGAGUUGGACUGAGAAUCUUAGAAGCUCACCUGGCAACUGGAGGUUUCAGUCUGCCUCCCAGUAAGAACUAUGUUAACCUAGAAGAGGCUUUUCACCAGGGCCUCAUUUCUGCAUGGCUUUACUCAGAGUUAGAGUCUCACCUGAGAUCGUCCAAGAAUUUGAUAGACCCCAAUACAGCUGAGAAAAUUGGUUUACUGGAUCUGAUGCAGAGAUGUAUUGUCCACGAGGAAUCAGGGUUGAAAUUGCUGCCUGUCAAGCAAUUGGCAGGGGGAAUGGUGAGCUUGAAAUCAGGCCGGAAGGUUAGCAUUUUCCGUGCAGUUCAGGAAGGACUAAUAGAUCGGCAGGUCACUGUCCGGCUGCUGGAAGCUCAGCUUUUUGCUGGUGGCAUAGUAGAUCCAAGAACAGGACACAGACUUACAGUCGAAGAAGCUGUAAGACAUAAUUUAAUUGACCAAGAUAUGGCCUGUGCUAUUCUCAUAAGGCAGCUUCAGACAGGUGGUAUCAUAGACACUGUCACUGGGCGUAGGCUGACAAUAGAUGAAUCAGUGAGCAAUGAUCUAGUAGCUGCUAAGAUUGCCCUUGUGAUUCUGGAGUCCCUUUGGUCAGUCAUGGGGUUGCUGUGGCCUGAAUCUGGAGAGAUCCUCCCAAUUACAGAUGCCCUGGAACAAGGUAUUGUGUCUACUGAACUAGCUCAUAAAAUCCUUAGUGGCCGACAGCAUAUUAAAGCCCUGUUUCUACCAGCAACCAGAGAGAUUUGGACCUGGAAAAAAGCAAUAGAAAAUGGUAUGUUGGACAAAGAUCUUGCCAAUAACUUAAAAUCGAUUUGCAUACCUGAUGUGAUGCCCCACAUACAAUUAGCAGACUCUUCAGAACGAAGCAAAUUGAACAUUAGUCCUGGAGCAGCAGGUCUACUGUGCAGCAAAGGCCCAACUGAGGGCAGAGCGAGCCACAGCGAGAAGCUGUUGUUUGAAUUGAUGACUCACAGCUACAUUGAUGUGCGGAAUGGAGAGAGGCUGCUCCUGUUAGACAGUGCGCUCAUAGAGACACUAAGAGCAAGACGUGAACGUCAGGCAGAUCCUCCAGAAGUCUUGGGAAUUGGGCGUCAGAGUCUAGAAACUCCUGAGGAAUUACAAGAAUCAGUAAGAGUGAAAAUCACAGGAACCUCCUCUGAUGGGCUGACUGUGAGGCCACGUAAGUUCCACUUUUCUUCCCAGAGCAAAGCGUAUCCUGAUCAGGCAAAUUGCACUGAAUCAGAAAGCAAAAAGACCAUUGUAGAAACAGAAGUUUCCUUCAUAGAGAACCCCAAAAAGGACCUGUUUGUAGGGCAACAAAAAGUGGGAAUUCCAAAUGUUAAUACUUUGAAGGUCAUAAAUAAAGUCAAAUCAGAGUUAAAAAGGCAGUUGUUAGCUACCAAAAAAGAAGACCAAACAGAAAUGUCUUCUAGAGAAAAUGUCAGCAGAGGAUCUCUCUUUACGGUACCUCCUGAGGAAACAGAAGAUGUGACCUUGGUGGUGGACAAAAAUCCUUUCUCUAUUGAAACACCAAAGGAAGAAUGGCAGACUAUCAGAAAGGCUUCCUUAAUGUGUCAGAAAGAAGAAGCAAACACACUUGAAACAAAAUAUAUUCCAGGUGAAACUGGAAGACCUCUCCUGAAACCACAAAGCGAAAAGUCACAAUUUCAGGUAGAGAAAACUCUAGCUUUAGAAUCAGAACUAAAGCCUGAAAAUGAUAUGGAUAUUCAUUCUCUGGACAAAAAGGAAGCUUUACAUAAAACAUCUAGGGAUGACCAUAAACAAAGUCCAAAAGGACAGAACAUUGCAGGUGGUAGUAUGAUGAUGUUAGAAAAGACAAAUGAGGAAGAUGAUGGUUGUGAAACUUCCCUGUCAAGCAGUCAUCCUUCAGAACUGCUUGAAGAAGCUACCUUAAAUAUAUUAUCUGCACAGUUGCUAGAUGGCGGUAUCUUUCAUGAACAGACAGGUCAAAAGCUCUUACUAAAUGAAGCAGUAGCCCGAGGCAUUGUGCCCAGUCACACUGCUGUGAAACUUAUGGGAAAGCUGAACAUGUUUCGGGGCUUCUUUGACUCUCAGACAUGUGAGUCUUUGACAACUGAAGAAGUCAUUGAUGAAGGUCUGAUGGAUGAGAAAUUAUUACAUAAUGUCCUUAUGGCAGACAAAGCUAUAAGUGGUGUUUUAGACCCCCGAACCCACACACUCUGCUCUGUGAAGGAAGCAGUUGCAGUUGGACUUCUUGACACACAGACAGCCACCAGAAUUUUAGAGGGGCAGGUGGUGACUGGUGGAAUUGUUGACCUGAAGCGAGGUAAAAAAGUUUCUGUAACUUUGGCCUCAAAUCUUGGCUUGGUAGAUAGUGCUGACCAGACAGAACUUAUAAAUCUGGAGAAAGCUUCCAAAGGCAGAGAUGCUGAAAAAACAGUUAUGGAGAGAUUAAUUAGCUUACAAAUGGAAACAACUGGAAUUAUGGACCCUGAUAGCAAAGCCCCUUUAACAAUUGUGGAGUCUAUUGACAGAGGACUUUUGGAGAGAGAAGAGGCUGUUCGGUUGUUGACUAAGCAGGUAGUGGAUGGAGGUAUCAUUCACCAUAUAUCUGGGAUGAGACUUUCUGUUGAUAAUGCCUUUAAACAUGGUAUCAUUGAUGAAGAUUUAGCCAAGCAACUCAAAAAAGUUGAGAGCUUAAGCCUCCAUCAGUUUUUUCAUCCUGAAACAAAGGAAACUAUUUCCCUCCUUGAAGCCAUAAAUUUAGAUCUUGUUACCCCAGACUUGAAAAGAGAAAUCCAAGAAAUUCAGGCCUUGACUGGAAGCUUUGUAGAUCUCAUUUCUAGCCAGAGAUUGACCUUGGCAGAAGCUAAAAAAGAAGGACUGUUAACUAAUAAAGCAAUAUUGUCUUCGGGAAUGAUGCAUGGGAUUGUGGAUCCUGAGAAUUACAGAAUUGUUCCCUAUUCAGAAUUAAUAAAGAAAUGUAAGAUUGAUAUUGAUUCUGGACAGAGAUAUCUAGAAGUAAUUCCCUUCUCAGACAUUAAAGAUGGAGUAAGUGACAAAGUACUUACAUUGUCUCAAGCAACUCAGCUUGGGAAAGUAGAGUUUGCAUAUACACUGAAGGUUCUGGAAGCUCAGGCAAAUACUGGGGGAAUCAUAGAUCCUGCCACAGGAAAAAGACUGACAUUGGCAUCAGCUUUGGAACAGAAAUUAGUGGAUGAAAAUAUGGUCAGAAUUAUUGCAUCUCAUCAGGUGUUAAAUGGAGGAAUUGUUGACAUAUUUAAUGAUCAGAGAGUGACUUUAAAGGAAGCAAUUGAGCAAGGAUUUAUCAGCCCUGAACUAGCAACUAUGAUCCAAAUAGAUACUUUAGAGUCCAGUGAUCAUUGGGCUCAGACUGAAAAGCAAGAUGGAAUUGAAGCAUGUGAAUUAAAGAGGGAAUUUCUCAGAAAGGAAAUGUUAAUUGCUUGUACUCAGACUGCUGGAAUGAGUUGUGGUAAAGGUGAAAGUGAGAAAUUGUUUAAAAUUCAAAGUCAGUCUGCACAAGAAAAGGUUAAAAUAAGGGUUUCUGAUGGGGAGCAGGCAAAAAUGAGCAGGGAAAUUUCGUUAUCAGAAUUGGAGUGCAAGGAUCAAGAUAAGAGGAGAGCUUCUCCAAAUGCUGAAGAAUCUGUCAGUUUCAUAAUUCCUAGUGAUCGUAAGGGUAAAUCAUUGGGCCAAGUUUCAGUGACACACCCUCACUCAGAAGAUAGUGAUUUUAAUCUCAAAGAGGUGGCUAGCAAUAACAUGGAAAAAAAUACAAAUGAAGAGCAGGAAAAAAUAGUGGCACAAGUAGAAAUUAUUUCUCAUGUGAAACAGUCUACAUCAGGUCUGGAUUCUAAAGAAAUAAAGGAAAACCAAGAAGAAAUUAUUUCAGAAGUACAAGAAUCAAAUUGUGUAACUUCAGGCAAAUUUCUGAGUGAGCAGUUUAUGCAGAAACUAAUGAAUACCAGGGAGAAAAGUAAGAGAGAGAAGAGGGAGAUGAUUGUUGAAGAAAGUGUCAGAACAUACAAACCAGCAGUUCAUUCAGAAGAAAAGUUGAAUCAGGAAACUGCCAUUAGAGAGGACCAUGAUUCCAAUAUAAAGAGUCAACCCACAGAAGUAACUGUAAGUGAAAAAGGGAAAGAAGCUGAUAGAGAACUGGGAUUUUCUCUUAUUUGUAAAGCUGAAGACUCUUCUUCCCAAAUGAUACCCCAAGGAAUUUCUGUAAGAAAUCAAGAUGCUUUAACAUUCUUCAGUUCUAAUCAAGUCAGUGAAAAAGUCAAAAAUUUGAGCCUCAGCUUGACUUUAAAAGCAGAAGAAAAUUUAUCUCAAGACAUUACUGGUGGGACCCAGAGUGAGCCAUUAUCUUCUAUGACCCCAAGACCUGAAGGAUUGCACUACCAGGAAUCAGUUGGAAAAGCCCAAGUUACAGACAUAUCUCAAAUUUCCAAAACAGACAAAUCUUUCCAAGGAACCACUAGGCAGGAGACCAACUAUUAUCAAGAUUCCUGUGUUACCUUUAAGACUGAGGAAACCAAAGAUCUGAGUUGCUCAUCUGAUGAGUACAAAGAAAAGAUGUACCAAGAAGUACCUUUUAAUUCAAGAAGAUUCUUUAAAUUGGAAGAAACUACAGUUUCUGGAGUAGACCCCAAAGAAGUGCAUUUUGUGGAAUUCUCAGACAGAAAGGACCUUCAUCAUCAGGACAGCAAAAAUGAUAGUGAACUUUGUGGAAUUCUCGAAUCUAAAAUAGUAACAACUCAGGAAAUAACUGGAGAGAAAUUUCCAGAAAUGUCAAACCCUAUCAUUACAGGUGCAGAAGCAGGGUCCUUUAAAGGCAUAGUGACUCAGGGAGUUCCCAGAGUCUUGGUGUCUCUUCUUCCAGAGAAAGUGUUCAAAGAUGGGUCUCAAAAAGAGAAUACAGGGCAACAGGAUGCCACCAUCAUUCCCGCUCUUCCACAGACCAGUGAAGAAAAGACAGUGCCUCUCAUACACCCUACAGUGAAGAUGGAUGAGAAGACGCCACAGGAAGAGCUCAGAGAAACCCCUGGUAGUGAACAGACUCCCUUUGUGACUGCACCCAGGGAAAAGGGAAGUGAAGGUGUAAACCUGGAGCCCUGCAGAGCAACUAAAAAUGUAUUUAACCGACGACUCUGUCUAGAACAUGAUGAGAAACUGGUAUCCUAUCUGUCUCUAUUACGAGACAUUGAAAUGAGGACCAAACAGAUUCAGCCUCUGGAGCUAGACUUGGCAGAGCUACGGGAUCUGCUAUGUCAGGCUAAGAUUUUAGACAAGGAGCUAAAAGAUCUGUCCACCUUGGUAAGUCAGGAAUUGGAGUGUGUGAAUCAGAUUAUUGUCAGCCAGCCUCAAGAAGUCCCUGCUCAACUGUUGAAGGCACUAGAGAAAGAUGCCAAGAAUCUUCAAAAGUCCCUCAGCUCAGUGACUGACACCUGGAGUUCCAGACUCCUCCACCUCCAGAGUGCUGUGGAAGUAAAAAAGACUAAAGUGUUAACUCAGCACGAACAGCUAGAAGGCAAACUUCAAGAUCUGAGAGCCUGGGUUGGCAAUACCAACCUUAUUCUGAACAGCAAGGAAUAUAACAGUGAAAUAGAUGCUGAGAGCCUGAGUCACUGUCUGCAACAGUAUGAGGAUUUGAAACAGCCCAUGGCUGAAAGGAAAUCUCAGCUGGAUGCUCUUGGCUUUGAUAUUCAGUUCUUUAUCUCUGAGCAUGCCCAGGACUUGUCCCCUCAGCAGAACCGGCAGAUGCUGAGGCUUCUGAAUGAACUGCAGAGGGCCUUCCAGGGCCUUGUGGAGCAGACCGCGGCUCAAAUGGAUGCCUUGCAGGGCCGUCUUCAACAAGUGGAGCAGGCAGCCCGGGUCAAGACCCUGCAGAAACAACAAAAUACCUGUCACCAGAAAUUAGAGGAUCUUUGCAGCUGGCUAGGACAGGCAGAAAGAGCAUUGGUGGGCCACCAAAGUAGAGCCACCCAGCAGGAUCUCUCUGCUUUGCAGAAGAACCAAAGUGACUUGAAGGAUUUACAGGACGACAUUCAGAAUCAUGCCACCUCAUUUGCCAGUAUUGUCAAAGACGUUGAAGGGUUCCUGGAAGAGAACCAGACCAAGCUAAGCCCCCAUGAGUUGACAGCUCUUCGGGAAAAGCUUCAUCAGGCCAAGCAGCAAUAUGAGGCUCUCCAGGAACAGAUGCGGGUGGCCCAGAAGGAGCUGGAGGAAGUAGUGACCUCAGCCUUACAGCAGGAGACUGAGAAGAGUAAAGCAGCAAAGGAACUGGCCGAGAACAGGAGUAAGAUAGAUGCUCUCUUGGAAUGGGUGACUUCAGUGGGAUCAUCUGGUGGACAGAUGGAGCGGCCCUCAGGAGCUAGCCUGGAGAAAAGAGCCUUGGAUACCACUGAUGGCCACAUAGGGAUGAACCAAGCCCCAGAGAAACUGGACAAGCAAUGUGAGAAGAUGAAGGCACGUCACCAAGAAUUGCUGUCUCAGCAGCAGAAUUUCAUCCUGGCCACUCAGUCAGCUCAGGCCUUUCUGGACCAGCAAGGCCACAAUCUCAAACCUGAGGAUCAGCAGGUGCUGCAAGAGAAGCUAGGAGAGCUAAAAGAACAGUAUGCAGCUUCCCUGGCCCAGGCAGAGGCAAAGCUGAAGCGGGUGCAGACACUACGGGAUGAGCUGCAGAAGUUCCUGCAGGAUCAUGGAGAGUUUGAAAACUGGCUGGAACGGUCUGAAAAAGAGCUGGAGAACAUGCACAAGGGAGUCAGCAGCCCCGAAGCCCUUCCUUCCCUGCUAAAGCGCCAGGGGAGCUUUUCAGAGGAUGUAAUUUCCCACAAAGGAGACUUGAGAUUUGUGACUAUCUCAGGACAGAAAGUCUUGGACACAGAAAACAGCUUUGAGGAAGGCAGAGAACUAUCAGCAACUGGUACCUUAGUGAAGGACAAGCUGAAGGAUGCAACAGAAAGAUAUACUGCUCUCCAUUCAAAGUGUACACGAUUGGGCUCUCACCUGAACAUGUUACUAGGCCAGUAUCAGCAGUUCCAGAGUGGUGCCAACAGCUUGCAGACUUGGAUGCAGGCUUGUGAGGCCAAUGUGGAGAAGCUCCUCUCAGAUACUGUUGCCUCUGACCCUGGGGUCCUGCAACAGCAGCUUGCAACGACAAAGCAGUUGCAGGAGGAAUUGGCUGAGCACCAAGUACCUAUAGAAAAGCUCCAAAAAGUAGCUCGUGACCUCAUGGAAAUUGAAGGGGAGCCAGCCCCAGACCACAAGCAUGUUCAAGAAACUAUAGAUUCCAUACUGAGCCAUUUCCAAAGCCUCUCUGGUAGCCUGGCUGAGCGCUCAGCUCUGCUGCAGAAGGCAAUUGCCCAAUCUCAGAGUGUCCAGGAAAGCCUGGAUAACUUGUUGCAGUCCAUCAGGGAAGUUGAAAGAAACCUGGAAGAGGAGCAGGUGCCGUCACUGUCUUCAGGAGUCAUCCAAGAAGCCCUGACGACUAGCAUGAAAUUGAAGCAGGACAUUGCUUGGCAAAAGAGCAGCUUGGAGGCCACCCGGGAGAUGGUGACCCGAUUCAUGGAGACAGCAGACAGCACCACAGCUGCAGUGCUGCAGAGCAAACUGGCGGAGGUGAGCCAGCGCUUCGAACAGCUCUGUCUACAGCAGCAAGAAAAGGAGAGCUCCCUAAAGAAGCUUCUGCCCCAGGCAGAGAUGUUUGAACAUCUCUCUGAUAAGCUGCAGCAAUUCAUGGAAAACAAAAGUCGGAUGCUGGCCUCUGGAAAUCAGCCAGAUCAGGAUAUUGCACAUUUCUUCCAGCAGAUCCAGGAGCUCAAUUUGGAAAUGGAAGACCAACGGGAGAACCUAGAUACUCUUGAGCACCUGGUCACUGACCUGAGCUCCUGUGGCUUUGCACUGGACCUAUCCCAGCACCAGGACAGGGUGCACAACCUCAAAAGGGACUUCACAGAGCUACAGAAGACAGUUAAAGAAAGAGGGGAAGAUGCAUCAUCUUGCCAGGAACAAUUAGAUGAAUUCCGGAAGCUGGUUAGGACCUUCCAGAAAUGGCUGAAGGAAACUGAAGGGACUAUUCCACCUACAGAGACUUUCAUGAGUACUAAAGAGCUGGAAAAGCAGAUUGAACACCUGAAGGGUCUCCUAGAUGACUGGGCAAGUAAGGGAACUUUGGUAGAAGAAAUCAAUUGCAAAGGCACUUCUUUAGAAAAUCUCAUCAUGGAGAUCACAGCACCUGAUUCACAAGCCAAGACAGGUUCCAUACUGCCCUCUGUAGGAAGCUCUGUAGGCAGUGUAAACGGAUACCACACCUGCAAAGAUCUGACGGAGAUCCAAUGUGACAUGUCAGAUGUAAACUUGAAAUAUGAGAAACUUGGAGGAAUACUUCAGGAACGCCAUGAAAGCCUUCAGGCUGUCCUCAGCAGAAUGCAGGAAGUUCAGAAGGAGGCAAGCUCAGUGUUGCAGUGGCUGGAAUCAAAAGAGGAAGUCCUGAAAGCCAUGGAUGCUUCAUCUCCAACCAAGACAGAAACAGUGAGAGCCCAAGCUGAAUCUAACAAGGCCUUUCUCACUGAAUUGGAACAGAAUUCUCCAAAAAUCCAAAAAGUAAAAGAAGCCUUGGCUGGAUUACUGAUAACAUAUCCUAAUUCACAAGAAGCAGAAAACUGGAAGAAAAUGCAAGAGGAACUCAAUUCCCGAUGGGAAAGGGCCACCGAGGUGACAAUGGCUCGGCAAAGGCAGCUAGAGGAAUCUGCAAGUCAUCUGGCCUGCUUCCAGGCUGCAGAAUCGCAGCUCCGGCCCUGGCUGAUGGAGAAGGAACUGAUGAUGGGAGUGCUGGGGCCCCUGUCUAUUGACCCCAACAUGCUGAAUGCACAAAAACAGCAGGUCCAGUUUAUGCUGAAGGAAUUUGAAGCACGCAGGCAACAGCAUGAGCAGCUGAAAGAGGCAGCUCAGGGCAUCUUAACAGGCCCUGGAGAUAUCUCUCCAUCCACCAGCCAAGUACAGAAGGAACUCCAGAGCAUCAAUCAGAAGUGGAUUGAGCUGACUGACAAACUUAAUUCCCGUUCCAGCCAAAUUGACCAAGCUAUUGUCAAAAGCACUCAGUACCAGGAACUGCUCCAGGACUUAUCAGAGAAGGUGAAGGCAGUUGGACAGCGACUGAGUGGCCAGUCAGCCAUCAGCACCCAACCUGAGGCUGUGAAGCAGCAAUUGGAGGAGACCAGUGAGAUUCGAUCUGAUGUGGAACAAUUGGACCACGAGAUUAACGAGGCGCAGACACUCUGCGAUGAACUUUCAGUGCUCAUUGGUGAGCAGUACCUCAAGGAUGAACUGAAGAAGCGUUUGGAGACAGUUGCCCUGCCUCUCCAAGGUUUAGAAGACCUUGCAGCUGAUCGCAUGAACAGACUCCAGGCAGCUCUUGCCAGCACCCAGCAGUUUCAGCAAAUGUUUGAUGAGCUGAGAACCUGGUUGGAUGACAAACAAAGCCAGCAAGCAAAAAACUGCCCAAUUUCUGCAAAAUUGGAGCGGCUACAGUCUCAGCUACAGGAGAAUGAAGAGUUUCAGAAAAGCCUUAACCAACACAGUGGUUCCUAUGAAGUGAUUGUGACUGAAGGAGAGUCUUUGCUUCUUUCUGUACCUCCUGGAGAAGAGAAAAAAACUUUACAAAACCAGUUGGUUGAACUCAAAAACCAUUGGGAAGAGCUUAGUAAAAAAACUGCAGACAGACAAUCUAGGCUCAAGGACUGUAUGCAGAAAGCUCAGAAAUAUCAGUGGCAUGUGGAAGACCUUAUGCCAUGGAUAGAAGAUUGUAAGGCCAAGAUGUCUGACUUGCGAGUCACUCUGGAUCCAGUGCAGCUAGAGUCCAGUCUCCUGAGAUCAAAGGCUAUGCUGAGUGAGGUAGAAAAGCGCCGCUCCCUGCUAGAAAUACUGAACAGUGCUGCUGACAUUCUGAUCAAUUCUUCAGAAACGGAUGAGGAUGAUAUCCGGGACGAGAAGGCUGGAAUCAACCAGAACAUGGAUUCCAUUACAGAAGAGCUACAGGCCAAAACAGGGUCACUUGAAGAAAUGACCCAGAGGCUCAAGGAGUUCCAGGAAAGCUUUAAGAAUAUUGAAAAGAAGGUUGAAGGGGCCAAACACCAACUUGAGAUCUUUGAUGCUCUAGGCUCUCAAGCCUGUAGCAACAAGAACCUAGAGAAGCUAAGAGCUCAGCAGGAAGUGCUGCAGACCCUGGAGCCUCAGGUAGACUAUUUGAGGAACUUCACUCGGGGCCUGGUAGAAGAUGCUCCAGAUGGAUCUGAUGCUUCCCAGCUUCUACAUCAAGCUGAGGUCACCCAGCAAGAGUUCCUAGAAGUGAAGCAAAGAGUGAACAGUAGUUGCAUGACAAUGGAAAACAAGCUGGAGGGGAUUGGCCAGUUCCACUGCCGAGUCCGAGAAAUGUUUUCUCAAUUGGCAGACUUGGAUGAUGAGCUAGAUGGCAUGAGUGCUAUCGGCAGAGACACUGACAGUCUCCAGUCCCAAAUUGAGGAUGUAAGGCAGUUCCUUAACAAAAUUCAAGUCCUCAAGUUAGACAUAGAGGCCUCUGAAGCAGAGUGCCGACAAAUGCUGGAGGAAGACGGGACUCUGGACUUGUUAGGUCUCAAGAGGGAGCUAGAAGCCCUGAACAAACAGUGUGGCAAACUGACAGAGAGGAGUAAAGCUCGUCAGGAACAGCUAGAGCUGACGCUGGACCGUGUGGAGGACUUCUAUAGGAAAUUGAAAGUACUCAAUGACAUGACCACAGCAGCAGAGGAGGGAGAGGCCCUCCAGUGGGUAGUGGGGACUGAAGUGGAUAUCAUCAACCAACAAUUAGCAGACUUUAAAAUGUUUCAGAAAGAACAAGUGGAUCCUCUUCAGAUAAAAUUACAGCAGGUGAAUGGAAUUGGCCAGGGAUUGAUUCAGAGUGCUGGAAAAAACUGUGAUGUGCAAGGUUUGGAACAUGACAUGGAAGAGAUCAAUGCUCGAUGGAACACGCUGAAUAAAAAAGUUGCACAAAGAAUUGCACAACUGCAGGAGGCUUUGUUGCAUUGUGGGAAGUUUCAAGAUGCCUUGGAGCCAUUGCUCAGCUGGUUGGCAGACACUGAGGAGCUCAUAGCCAAUCAGAAACCUCCAUCUGCUGAGUAUAAAGUGGUGAAAGCACAGAUCCAAGAACAGAAGUUGCUCCAGCGGCUCUUAGAUGAUCGAAAGGCCACAGUAGAGAUGCUUCAAGCAGAAGGAGGCAGAAUAGCCCAGUCAGCUGAGCUGGCUGAUAGAGAGAAAAUUACUGGACAGUUGGAGAGUCUUGAAAGUAGAUGGACUGGACUGCUCAGCAAGGCAGCGGCCAGGCAAAAACAGCUGGAAGAUAUCCUGGUUCUGGCCAAACAAUUUCAUGAGACAGCUGAGCCUAUUUCUGACUUCUUAUCUGUCACAGAGAAAAAGCUCGCUAACUCAGAACCUGUUGGCACUCAGACUGCCAAAAUACAGCAGCAGAUCAUUCGGCACAAGGCUCUGGAGGAAGAAAUAGAAAGCCAUGCAACAGAUGUGCACCAGGCAGUCAAAAUUGGGCAGUCCCUCUCCUCCCUGACAUGCUCUGCAGAACAGGGCGUGCUCUCAGAAAAGCUAGACUCAUUGCAGGCCCGAUACUGUGAGAUUCAAGACCGGUGCUGUCGGAAAGCAGCCCUGCUUGAACAAGCACUGUCUAACGCUAGGCUUUUCGGGGAGGAUGAGGUGGAGGUGCUCAACUGGCUGGCUGAGGUUGAGGACAAGCUCAGUUCAGUGUUCGUAAAGGAUUACAGACAGGAUGUCCUGCAGAAACAGCAUGCUGAUCACCUGGCUUUAAAUGAAGAAAUUGUUAAUAGAAAGAAGAAUGUAGAUCAAGCUAUUAAAAAUGGUCAGGCUCUUCUAAAACAAACCACAGGUGAAGAAGUAUUGCUUAUCCAAGAGAAGCUGGACGGAAUAAAGACUCGCUAUGCAGACAUCACAGUCACUAGCUCCAAGGCCCUCAGAACUUUAGAGCAAGCCCGGCAGCUGGCCACCAAGUUCCAGUCUACUUAUGAGGAACUGACCGGGUGGCUGAGGGAGGUGGAGGAGGAACUGGCAGCCAGUGGAGGACAGUCUCCCACAGGAGAGCAAAUACCCCAGUUUCAGCAAAGACAGAAGGAAUUGAAGAAGGAGGUCAUGGAGCACAGGCUGGUGUUGGACACAGUGAAUGAAGUGAGCCGUGCUCUCUUAGAGCUGGUGCCCUGGAGAGCCAGAGAAGGGCUGGAUAAACUUGUGUCCGAUGCCAACGAGCAGUACAAGCUGGUCAGUGACACUAUUGGACAAAGGGUGGAUGAAAUUGAUGCUGCUAUUCAGAGAUCACAACAGUAUGAGCAAGCUGCUGAUGCAGAACUAGCUUGGGUUGCUGAAACAAAACGGAAACUGAUGGCCCUGGGUCCAAUUCGCCUGGAACAGGACCAGACCACAGCUCAGCUGCAAGUACAGAAGGCUUUCUCCAUUGACAUCAUUCGACACAAAGAUUCAAUGGAUGAACUCUUCAGUCAUCGUGGUGAAAUCUUUGGCACGUGUGGGGAGGAGCAAAAAGCUGUAUUACAGGAAAAGACAGAGUCUCUAAUACAGCAAUAUGAAGCCAUUAGUCUGCUCAAUUCCGAGCGUUAUGCCCGCCUAGAACGGGCGCAGGUCUUGGUGAACCAGUUUUGGGAAACUCAUGAAGAGCUCAGCCCCUGGAUUGAAGAAACUCGAGCGCUAAUAGCACAAUUACCUCCUCCAGCUAUUGAUCAUGAGCAGCUCAGGCAGCAGCAAGAGGAAAUGAGGCAAUUAAGGGAAUCCAUUGCUGAACACAAACCUCAUAUUGAUAAGCUGCUGAAGAUAGGCCCACAACUAAAGGAGUUAAACCCUGAAGAGGGGGAAAUGGUAGAAGAAAAAUACCAAAAAGCAGAAAACAUGUAUGCCCAAAUAAAAGAGGAGGUGCGCCAGCGGGCGCUGGCCCUGGACGAGGCUGUUUCCCAGUCGGCUCAGAUUACAGAGUUCCAUGAUAAAAUUGAGCCCAUGUUGGAGACUCUGGAGAAUCUUUCCUCUCGCCUGCGUAUGCCACCACUGAUCCCUGCUGAAGUAGACAAGAUCAGAGAGUGCAUCAGCGACAAUAAGAGUGCCACCAUGGAGCUAGAAAAACUGCAGCCUUCUUUUGAGGCCCUGAAGCGCCGCGGAGAAGAGCUCAUUGGGCGAUCUCAGGGAGCUGACAAGGAUCUGGCUGCAAAAGAAAUCCAGGACAAAUUGGAUCAAAUGGUAUUCUUCUGGGAGGACAUCAAAGCUCGGGCUGAAGAGCGAGAAAUUAAAUUCCUUGAUGUCCUUGAACUAGCAGAGAAGUUCUGGUAUGACAUGGCAGCUCUCCUGACCACCAUCAAAGACACCCAGGACAUCGUCCAUGACUUGGAAAGCCCUGGCAUUGACCCAUCUAUCAUCAAACAACAGGUUGAGGCAGCUGAGACUAUUAAGGAAGAGACAGAUGGUCUGCACGAGGAAUUGGAGUUUAUUCGAAUCCUUGGAGCAGAUUUGAUUUUUGCCUGUGGAGAAACUGAGAAGCCCGAAGUGAAGAAGAGCAUCGAUGAGAUGAACAAUGCCUGGGAGAACUUAAACAAAACGUGGAAAGAAAGGCUAGAAAAGCUUGAGGAUGCUAUGCAAGCCGCUGUGCAGUAUCAAGACACUCUUCAGGCUAUGUUUGACUGGCUAGAUAACACUGUGAUUAAACUCUGCACCAUGCCUCCUGUCGGCACUGACCUCAACACUGUUAAAGAUCAGUUAAAUGAAAUGAAGGAAUUCAAAGUGGAAGUUUACCAACAGCAGAUUGAGAUGGAGAAGCUCAAUCACCAGGGUGAACUGAUGUUAAAGAAAGCUACUGAUGAAACAGACAGAGACAUUAUCCGAGAACCAUUGACAGAACUCAAACACCUCUGGGAGAACCUGGGGGAGAAAAUUGCCCACAGACAGCAUAAGCUGGAAGGUGCUCUCUUGGCCCUUGGCCAGUUCCAACAUGCCUUAGAGGAACUAAUGAGUUGGCUGACUCACACUGAAGAGUUGUUAGAUGCUCAGAAACCAAUAAGUGGUGACCCAAAAGUCAUUGAAGUUGAGCUUGCGAAGCACCAUGUUCUAAAAAAUGAUGUUUUGGCCCAUCAAGCCACAGUGGAAACAGUCAACAAAGCUGGCAAUGAGCUUCUUGAAUCUAGUGCUGGAGAUGAUGCCAGCAGCUUAAGGAGCCGUUUGGAAACUAUGAACCAAUGCUGGGAGUCAGUGUUACAAAAAACAGAAGAGAGGGAGCAGCAGCUUCAGUCGACACUGCAGCAGGCCCAAGGUUUCCACAGUGAAAUUGAAGAUUUCCUCUUGGAACUGACUAGAAUGGAGACCCAACUUUCUGCAUCUAAGCCCACAGGAGGACUUCCUGAAACUGCUAGGGAACAGCUUGAUACACAUAUGGAACUCUAUUCCCAGCUCAAAGCCAAGGAAGAGACUUAUAAUCAACUGCUUGACAAGGGCAGACUCAUGCUUCUAAGCCGUGAUGAUUCUGGCUCUGGCUCGAAGACAGAACAGAGUGUAGCACUCUUGGAACAGAAGUGGCAUGUGGUCAGCAGUAAGAUGGAGGAAAGAAAGUCAAAGCUGGAAGAGGCCCUCAACCUGGCAACAGAAUUCCAGAAUUCCCUGCAGGAAUUUAUCAACUGGCUCACUCUAGCAGAGCAGAGUUUAAACAUCGCUUCUCCUCCCAGCCUCAUUCUAAACACUGUCCUAUCACAGAUAGAGGAGCACAAGGUGUUCGCUAAUGAAGUAAAUGCUCAUCGAGACCAGAUCAUUGAGCUGGAUCAAACCGGGAAUCAGCUAAAGUUCCUUAGCCAAAAACAGGAUGUUGUUCUAAUCAAGAAUUUGUUGGUUAGCGUCCAGUCGCGAUGGGAAAAGGUUGUCCAGCGAUCUAUUGAGAGAGGGCGAUCCCUGGAUGAUGCCAGGAAGCGGGCAAAACAAUUCCAUGAAGCUUGGAAAAAACUGGUUGACUGGCUAGAAGAUGCAGAGAGUCACCUGGACUCAGAACUGGAGAUAUCCAACGACCCAGACAAAAUUAAACUUCAGCUCUCUAAGCAUAAGGAGUUUCAGAAAACUCUUGGUGGCAAACAGCCCGUGUAUGAUACCACAAUUAGAACUGGCAGAGCACUGAAAGAAAAGACUUUGCUUCCUGAUGACACUCAGAAACUUGACAACUUGCUGGGAGAAGUCAGAGAUAAAUGGGAUACUGUUUGUGGCAAGUCUGUAGAGAGGCAGCACAAGUUGGAGGAGGCCCUGCUGUUUUCAGGCCAGUUCAUGGACGCUUUGCAGGCCUUGGUCGACUGGCUGUACAAGGUGGAGCCACAGCUGGCCGAGGACCAGCCGGUGCACGGGGACCUCGACCUCGUCAUGAACCUCAUGGAUGCCCAUAAGGUUUUCCAAAAGGAACUGGGAAAGCGAACAGGAACUGUUCAGGUCCUGAAGCGGUCAGGCCGAGAGCUGAUUGAGAAUAGUCGAGAUGACACCACUUGGGUGAAAGGGCAGCUCCAGGAACUGAGCACUCGCUGGGACACUGUGUGUAACCUCUCCGUCUCCAAACAGAGCCGACUUGAGCAGGCCUUAAAACAGGCAGAAGAGUUUCGGGACACAGUCCACAUGCUGUUGGAGUGGCUUUCUGAAGCAGAACAAACACUUCGUUUUCGGGGAGCACUUCCUGAUGACACAGAGGCCCUGCAGUCUCUCAUUGACACCCAUAAGGAAUUCAUGAAGAAAGUGGAAGAAAAGCGAGUGGAUGUUAACACAGCGGUAGCAAUGGGAGAAGUCAUCUUGGCUGUCUGCCAUCCUGAUUGCAUCACUACCAUCAAACACUGGAUCACUAUCAUCCGAGCUCGCUUUGAGGAGGUCCUGACAUGGGCUAAGCAGCACCAACAGCGUCUUGAAACAGCCUUGUCAGAACUGGUGGCUAACGCUGAGCUCUUGGAAGAACUUCUGGCCUGGAUCCAGUGGGCUGAGACCACCCUCAUUCAACGGGAUCAGGAGCCGAUCCCUCAGAACAUUGACCGAGUUAAAGCCCUGAUUGCUGAGCAUCAGACCUUUAUGGAGGAGAUGACUCGCAAACAGCCUGACGUGGACCGGGUCACCAAGACAUACAAAAGAAAGAAUAUAGAGCCUGCCCAUGCGCCUUUCAUCGAGAAAUCCCGCAGUGGUAGCAGGAAGUCCCUGAGUCAGCCCACACCUCCUCCCAUGCCAAUCCUUUCACAAUCUGAAGCAAAAAACCCACGGAUCAACCAGCUCUCCGCCCGCUGGCAGCAGGUGUGGCUGUUAGCACUGGAGCGGCAACGGAAGCUGAACGAUGCCUUGGAUAGACUGGAGGAGCUAUGCCCGGAAUUGAAGGAAUUCGCCAACUUUGACUUUGAUGUCUGGAGGAAAAAGUAUAUGCGUUGGAUGAACCACAAAAAGUCCCGGGUGAUGGAUUUCUUCCGGCGAAUUGACAAGGACCAGGAUGGGAAGAUAACACGUCAGGAGUUUAUUGAUGGCAUUCUAGCAUCCAAGUUCCCUACUACCAAGUUAGAGAUGACUGCUGUCGCUGACAUUUUUGACCGAGACGGGGAUGGCUACAUUGAUUACUAUGAAUUUGUGGCUGCUCUCCAUCCCAACAAAGAUGCUUAUCGACCAACAACCGACGCAGAUAAAAUUGAGGAUGAGGUCACAAGACAAGUGGCUCAGUGCAAAUGUGCAAAAAGGUUUCAGGUGGAGCAGAUUGGAGAGAAUAAAUACCGGUUCUUCCUCGGCAAUCAGUUCGGGGACUCCCAGCAGCUGCGGCUGGUCCGCAUCCUGCGCAGCACAGUCAUGGUCCGUGUUGGUGGAGGAUGGAUGGCCCUGGAUGAAUUUUUAGUGAAAAAUGACCCCUGCCGAGUUCACCAUCCUGGGAGUAAAAUAAAGCGCUCUGAUUCCAGCUCUUCGAUUUCCAGUCAGUCUCCCAUAGCACGAGGUAGAACUAACAUCGAACUUAGAGAGAAAUUCAUCCUACCUGAAGGGGCAUCCCAGGGGAUGACCCCUUUCCGAUCACGGGGUCGAAGGUCCAAACCAUCUUCCCGGGCAGCCUCCCCUACUCGCUCCAGCUCUAGUGCUAGUCAGAGUAACCACAGCUGUACGUCCAUGCCAUCUUCUCCAGCCACCCCAGCCAGUGGUACCAAGACUCCACUUCAGUUCUCUCGCUGUUAUGACAAACCCUGGUUGGUAAACAGUAAAGCUGGCGCCCCUGUCAGGGACAGCCAUUAUCCUGACCUCCAGCUGCUCAGCCCUGAGGUUAUUCCAUCAACAGGCAGCAAGUUGAAGCGACCGACACCAACUUUUCAUUCUAGUCGGACAUCGCUUGCUGGUGAUACUAGCAACAGCUCCUCCCCCGCCUCCACAGGCGCCAAAACAAAUCGAGCAGACCCUAAAAAGUCAGCCAGUCGCCCUGGGAGUCGGGCCGGGAGUCGGGCUGGGAGUCGAGCCAGCAGCCGACGAGGAAGCGACGCCUCUGACUUUGACCUUUUAGAGACACAGUCUGCUUGUUCAGACACUUCAGAAAGCAGCGCCGCAGGGGGCCAGGGCAACUCCAGGAGAGGGCUAAACAAGCCCUCCAAAAUCCCAACCAUGUCUAAGAAGACCACCACUGCCUCCCCCAGGACUCCGGGUCCCAAGCGAUAACACUGUACAAGCACCCCAAGCCUCUGUCCACCUUGAAUCCUGCUCCAUACGUUGGGUGUAUAUUUAUUCUGAACGGGAGAAGUUAUAUUGUUAAAAGUGUAAAAGAAUAAUUGUGUUAUGAAGCUGCCUUAUUUUUUUUCUUUUUGUAAGUUACUAUUUUCAUGUGAAUAUUUAUGUAGAUAAAAUUUGCCUCCUGGUAACCCUGUAAUGGAUGGGGCCCAGAAAUGAAAUAUUUGAGAAAAACAAGUGAAAAGGUCAAGAUGCAAAUGUGUAUUUAAAAAACAAAAAGAAGAAAGAAAAGACAAGCCUCUAAAUAGGGUUUCUGCGCGGUGCAGGGUUGUAAACCUGCUUUAUCUUUUAGGAUUAUUCCUAAAUGCAUCUUCUUUAUAAACUUGACUUGCUGUCUCAGCAAGAGAAAUUAUAUUAAACAAAAAAUAAGAAUCCUGCAGUGUUUAAGGAACUCUUUUUUUGUAAAUCACAGACACCUCAAUUAGCAAGAACUGAGGGGAGGGCUGUUCUAGUUGCUUUGUCCAUUGUUUUUAAUGUUGUGUGGUUUUAGCUGAGGGGAGGGAACCUCAUCUAGGUAACGUUUGCACAUGAUACAGCAAAAGGAGUUUAUUGCAAUACUAUCUUUGAAUACUGUUUCAGUACUGGGUGUUUAAAGGACAAAUAGCUGCUAGAAUUCAGGGGUAAAUGUAACUGUUCAGAAAACGUCAGAACAUUGGAGUUUUAAGAGUCCUGGUUUAUAACUUCCUAUCCAGCCCAGCCGCCAAUAACUCCUGUGCUCACCAGGACCCAGGCCCUUGGCAGAGGGAGACUCCUUGGUGGCAUUGUGAGUUAUAGAUUUGUUUAUCUGCAUUCUUUGCUAUUUAUUUAAAUGGUCGAUCAACUUCCCACAAACUGAGGAAUGAAUUCCACGAGCCUAUUCUGAAAAUGUGGACAUAAACACUUACUCAUCCUUUAAAGGAGUUCACCAGCACACUUGUUAACAAGUCCCGUUUGCUUCCGUCUUUUUUUGUGCGUAAUAAAAUUAACUGACCAAGUGACCAUGAAGAGGGGCUGUCUGGGGCUCCUGUUUUUUAGCUGCUCUUCCUCUUCAGCUCCGACCAUGUUGCUGUGUGAUUAUCUCAAUUGGUUUUAAUUGAGGCAGAAACUAAAGCUCUACCAAUGAACUGUUUAAAAACAAGACACACUUUUGUAUUAAAAUUGCUUGCAGUAACAAA